CUCAACACUCAACAGUCCAGUCAGGACCCAGAAAUGGCUUCCAUUCCAUCAUGUACCACUGCUGCUUCCCACUCAUGCCUCACCUCCAACUCCUUCAGUUCUCCAUCUUGUUUUGUCAAACUCAAUGCCCAGUUUCUGGGUACCCGAAACAGGCAGGGUAGGGUCAGACCCUUUGGUCUUGGACCCUCCAAGUGCUGGUUCAAAUUCUGUAUAGAUGCAAAGGUUGCUGGAAUCUACGCAAGCCAAUCCGGUGGUGAGUUUGAUAAAGAUAAUGUAGAGCAGAUGGGAGUGGAGAAGCAAGUUCUGAAGGCUGGAACCGGUCCCAAACUGGUCGCAGGUCAGAAUGUGACCGUUCAUUGCACCGGUUAUGGAAAAGAUGGUGAUCUGAAUCAGAAGUUUUGGAGCACUAAGGACCCCGGGCAGCAGCCUUUCACCUUCAAAAUUGGGCAAGGCAAUGUUAUAAAAGGGUGGGAUGAAGGAGUCCUUGGAAUGCAAGUUGGAGAAGUUGCUCGUCUGCGGUGCUCUCCAGAUUAUGCUUAUGGAGCUAGUGGAUUUCCUGCUUGGGGGAUACAACCUAAUUCAGUUUUGGAUUUUGAGAUUGAAGUACUACGAUUGGAGUGACAUCAGGGCAGGGAGUUGGAAUGUCUGCAAAUCCAUAUGCAUGACAUAAUAAGUGGCAUAUUGUUACCAAGGAGGUGAAGGACUAAUAAGUAGAAGCAAGAACAGGAUCUCUCUUAUAACAAUUAUGCUAAAUGCUACUAUAUUUUGCAAGUAGGAAGCAAGGCUGGCAAAAGAGCAUCUGCUCGUGUCAUGACCUCAAAUCUUGACGUGUUACUGACCGUACUCUUGAAUUCCACUUCUGCGGGCAUGGAUAGUGAAGGCAGACACUUUUCAGAUGAUAUUUAGGAAGGCUCAAAGAUGUAAUAAACUUUUUCUUUUCUAAUUAAGUAGCUCAUAGACUAACUAGAUCGAUUUGCCUUGUUUAUUGGCAAUGAUCUCGCAUUGUUUGAGGAGCUCUAGAAAUUUUGUAAUGAGGAUAUGCUACUUAAAGAUUUGCA